UCGCAGCCCUUCUGGCCUUCAUGUACACUGUGAAAUCAUUUCCGACACAAGAUAUUGCGGAGGCUUUUCCUUUUUGAAAGAGCUUCGUCGAUAGAGUUCACGAUACCCAUUGGAUUGACCAUCUUGCAUACGUCCGGGCUGGUAGUCGUUUUGCAUCACAACACUUCUGUGAUGUUAGUUCGAUUCAGAAGCAUACUAUGUCGGUCGAAGGACUUUUUGUAUGCAGUUUAGAAUGAUCGGACGAAACAGUAAGGUAGGUUUUCAACUUCUGUAUGUACUAGCGGCGCGAUGACAGUGAUCAUUUGUGGUGAUCAAACACAGUCAUAGACGACCACCGUGGGAUUAGACACAUUCACAAAUGAGACUGUACAUGCAGUGUGACUAUGUUGUCAGGGUGUCCGUCGGAAAGAUAAUCUAAUGUGGAAUUUGUAUUUUUGGAACAUCGUUUUGAUUGUACAGUUGUUUUAGCGGCGCUAUGUGGAUUAUUUGAUUUGUAAGGGGUGCAUAAGUGUUCAGUAGAGGGAUAAGGUGUUCCCAACUCUGGUAAUUGUUGUCACAAGUGAAGGAAAGGUACUUGUCGCUGGUUGGGAGUUUGAGCUGCUUUAAAAUUGUCAGCAUCAAGAUUUGUUGGGUAUGAAGAGGUUUGUGGUGGGGAUAUUCGAAGGUGAAUUGCAAACCAUAGAGUCUGGAGGUUUAGGAGAGGAGGUGAUUUUUCUUUUUAAGUGUAAAUCUUGUAGUCGAGUAUGCUAAGAUUGAUCAUUAAUCCAAGGAUGGACAAAGGAGUAAUUCUUGAAACUUGGUGAGAUUUGGGAUUUCUGAACAUAUCAGGUUCGACAUAUGUCAUUAUCUGGGGUUCAUAUUUGUGGUAAAGUUACCGCGGAAAAAACCUCUUAGCGAAUUGCAGUUUCUCUGUGCUGCCAACAAGAAAGGAUUAGAAUGGGAACUGUGACGGAUUCAAAAGCAGAAGCGGACGAGCAUGGAGAGAAAACAGAUGGCGGGGUGGAGUCGAUCGAUGCGGUUCAGGGACACGGUAAUCGGUUGGAAUCACCUGAUCUAAACAACUUCAAGCCUAAUGGAAAAAAUGUUGCUUAUGUCUCGAGUAAGAUUAGAGCUGGAGUCAAGGUAGAUUGGCCAACAGAUUCGAUCUACCACCAAGGAACCGCAGAUGGCCCGGCGGGAUCUGAAGAUGGGGCACAAUCUCAUGCAAAACGUGUCAAUGCUUCACCUGGACGAAUCCAUAUCCAUCGUGGCGCAAGUGGAGGCAUUCUUCGUGGUCUCAGCGGCGGUAUUCAUCUCCCUACUCUCCAGAGCAUCACUUUCGAAAUGACACGGCUUCCGGAUGACGACGCAGGUCUGCAGAUGCACUUUACCGAGACGAAGGAGGUCGAAACUCUGCCAGAAACCCCAAGAGGUUCUAUAAGAAGAGCGAUGGUAGAAGUUCCUUCAAGAAAACAAUCCAAGCUGCGCAAGCACUUGACUCCUAUGGGAGCCUGCAGCUUCGGAUUCCGCCUCUCACAAAUCGUACUUUCUCUUAUCUCCAUUGUGGUCAUGUGCUCCAACUCCCAACGCAUGCACACUCCUGAGGUAGACUUCGGCACUUUGAAAUUCAACCACUUCCAGGCUUACAGGUACUUGAUAGCUGUAAAUGUGUGUGUUAUUUUCUACUCUACUCUGCAGUUUACACAGUUGAUGUAUAUUGUGAUUCUAGGCAUUUCUUUCAUUCCUUCUAUUGUGAUCAGCACGUGGACAACUUACGGAUUUGAUCAGUUAUUCACUUAUCUCCUUUUGUCUGCAAGCACUUCAGCAGGAACAAUAGCCAACAUCUCCUACAAUGGAGAGAUGGGUGUUUCCUUGUGCUCACGCUUUGAUCUUGCUUCCUUCUGCGCUAGGGCAGAUGCUGCUGUAACUUUGAGCUUCUUCACUUUUCUGGUGAUGUUUUCUUCUACGGCUCUUGCCGUUUAUCGCAUUUGUGUGAUGAUGAGGGAAUUUCAUAGAUGAUUGCAGAUUUUGUGAAAUGAUUUCAUGGGGUUUUUGUAAACAUAUAUAUUCAAUUAAAAGCGAGAUGCUUGAUAUACAGAACCUUAGUGAUUUAGUUCAUUGUACUGCAUUAAAACCCUUCUGUUAGGUUUCUUUUGAAAUACUGUUGCAUUUA